AUGUCGUCGGCUGCCACGCUUGACUCUUGUUGUUGUGCCGCUGAGUCGAAACGCACAGCGAUCGAAGAGCGACAUCAGAAGUCCAAGAUAUAUAUAUGUAUAUUUUAUGUGAUACUAAUUCGUGUUCAGUUAAUGUCCUGGUAUCUUAACGCAGGGGAACAGCAGUACUGACGAGCUGCAAUGUCGCUGUACGAUGACCUCGGCGUGGGAGCCAGUGACACCAAGACGGAAGGCUGGUCCAAGAACUUCAAGCUGCUGCAGUCCCAGCUGAAGGUGAAGAAGGCAGCCCUGACCCAGGCCAAGACCCAGCGGAUGAAGCAGUCUACUGUCUUGGCUCCCGUCAUUGACCUUAAGAGAGGAGGCUCCAGCGAAGAGCGUCAGAUCAUAGACACUCCUCCACACGUCGCUGCUGGAAUCAAGGAUGUCGUGCCCAUUGCUUUCUCCUCUGGUGAUGCGCUGAUCCCGCUGGCGGACGAGUAUGAUCCGAUGUUCCCCAACGACUACGAGAAGGUGGUGAAGAGGCACAGAGAAGAACGACAGCGGCAGCGGGAGCAGGAGAGGCAGAAGGAGAUCGAGGAGAGAGAAAAAAAGAGGAAAGACAAGAACGAGGGUCCUGUAGCUGCAGCGGCUCCAAGUGGUUUCUCUCGUUUCCCGGUGGCGGAGGAAGACUCGGAUGAGGAUGAUGAGUACGAGAAAGAGCGGCGGAAACGAAGUAUGGGCGGAGCGGCCAUUGCUCCUCCUUCAUCACUCGUGGACAGAGAUGGUAGGUCUGAUGAUCCAUCAGGCUCCGCUUCAUUCGCCUACGAGGAUGAAGGGCGUCCUGCCAGAGGAUCGAAGGCCGCGAUCCCUCCACCUAUGUUUGAGGACUCAGACCGCCCACGUUCACCACCCGCACCCACCAGCUCCUUCUUGGCCAACAUGGGAGGUACGGUGGCCCAUAAGAUUAUGCAGAAGUAUGGCUUCAGAGAAGGCCAGGGCCUGGGGAAGCACGAGCAGGGCCUCAGCACGGCGCUGUCAGUGGAGAAGACCAGCAAGAGAGGUGGAAAGAUCAUCAUCGGUGACGCUGCAGAAAAACCAGGGUCCAGCCUGUCAGCCGUUGCUGAAACUUCAGUCGGAGGCUUUUCAGCCGACCCCUCUAAGAAGUCGGACGCAAACCCGCUCACGGAGAUCCUCAAAAAUCCAACCAAAGUAGUUCUGCUGAGGAACAUGGUGGGCCGAGGAGAAGUGGAUGAGGACCUGGAGGGAGAGACGAAAGAGGAGUGCGAGAAAUACGGCAAAGUGAUCAAAUGUGUAAUUUUUGAGAUCGCAGUUGUCACGGACGACGAAGCUGUCCGGAUAUUUCUAGAGUUUGAGAGGGUGGAGUCGGCCAUAAAAGCCGUGGUAGAUCUGAACGGGCGCUACUUCGGUGGGCGAGUCGUCAAGGCCUGCUUCUACAAUCUAGACAAGUUCCGGGUGUUGGAUUUAGGGGAGCAGGUCUGAUGUCGACACUGGAAGACACUGAAAGACACACACACACACACACACACACACACACACACACACACACACACACACACACACACACACACACACACACACACACACACCGUCUGCUUUACUUGUA